AUGCCGGCCUCCUCCCUCCUCCCGCCGACUCUGCUCCCCCACCGCCACCGCCACCGCCACUGCCUCCGUGUACCUCCCGCCGGCUGCUCCACCUCCUCGCCAUCCUCCGCCGCGACACGCUACGACUUCGACCCGCUCCUGAACUACCUCUCCUCCCGCUCCGCCGCCGUCCCGGGGCUCACGUCCACGGCCCCGCCGACCUCAGUGCCCGUGACGGAGAGCAGGCUGGCGGCCUCGUACGCGUCCGUGCCGGCGCAGGAGUGGCACGCGCUGCUGAGGGGGCUCGCCGCCAGCGACGCGUCCCUGCCGCUCGCCUUCGCGCUGCUCCCGUUCCUCCACCGCCACCGCCUCUGCUUCCCGCUCGACCUGCUGCUGUCGUCGCUCCUUCACUCGCUGUCCGUCUCCGGGCGCCUGCUCCCGCACUCGCUGCUGCUCUCCUUCCCGCCCUCGCUCUCCGACCCGCCCUCGCCGCUGCUGCUCAACUCCCUCCUCGCCGCCUCCGCCGCCGCGUCGCGCCCCGCCGUCGCGCUCCGGCUCCUCGGCCUCCUCCGCGAGCACAACUUCCUCCCGGACCUCGCGUCCUACUCGCACCUCCUCGCGUCGCUGCUCAACACGCGGGACCCGCCCGACGCCGCGCUCCUCGAGCGCCUCCUUGGCGAUCUCAGGGAGUCGCGCCUCGAGCCGGACGCGCCCCUCUUCUCCGACCUCAUCUCCGCCUUCGCGCGUGCCGCGCUCCCGGACGCAGCGCUCGAGCUCCUCGCCUCCGCGCAGGCCAUCGGCCUAACGCCACGUUCCAACGCGGUCACCGCCCUUAUCUCCUCCCUCGGCUUGGCCAGGCGCGUCCCCGAGGCUGAGGCUCUGUUCCUCGAGUUCUUCCUUGCCGGGGAGAUCAAACCACGGACGCGCGCUUACAACGCGCUGCUGAAAGGGUAUGUGAAGAUUGGGUCGCUCAAGAACGCCGAGCAAGUGCUCGAUGAAAUGUCACGGUGCGGAGUUGCCCCUGAUGAGGCUACGUACAGCCUACUUGUGGAUGCCUAUACGAGGGCUGGGCGAUGGGAGAGUGCAAGGAUACUUCUCAAGGAGAUGGAGGCUGAUGGAGUUAAACCGAGUUCAUAUGUGUUCAGCCGGAUCCUGGCAGGUUUCCGUGAUAGAGGAGAAUGGCAGAAGGCAUUUGCGGUGCUCCGUGAGAUGCAUGCAAGUGGGGUUCGCCCUGACAGGCAUUUCUACAAUGUCAUGAUCGAUACAUUUGGGAAGUAUAACUGCCUUGGGCAUGCCAUGGAUGCAUUUGAUCGGAUGCGAGAAGAAGGGAUUGAUCCGGAUGUUGUCACAUGGAACACACUUAUUGAUGCACACUGUAAGGGAGGCCGGCAUGACCGUGCAAUAGAGCUGUUUGAUGAGAUGCGUGAAAGCAAGUGCCCACCAGGCACAACCACAUACAACAUCAUGAUCAACUUGCUUGGUGAAGAAGAGCGAUGGGAGGGAGUAGAAGCAAUGCAAGCAGAGAUGAAGGAGCAGGGAUUGGUACCGAACAUUAUAACAUAUACUACACUUGUGGAUGUGUAUGGUAGGUCUGGCAGGUUCAAGGAGGCGGUUGAUUGCAUCGAGGCAAUGAAAGCGGAUGGCCUCAAGCCAUCACCUACCAUGUACCAUGCCUUAGUCAACGCAUACGCUCAAAGGGGUUUAGCAGACCAUGCGUUAAAUGUUGUCAAGGCCAUGAGAGCAGAUGGCCUAGAGGCUAGCACGGUGGUUCUAAACUCCUUGAUCAAUGCUUUUGGUGAGGAUAGAAGGAUUGCUGAAGCCUUCUCUGUGCUGCAAUUCAUGAAGGAAAAUGGUUUGAGGCCUGAUGUUAUAACAUAUACUACACUGAUGAAAGCUUUAAUCCGUGUUGAGCAGUUUGAAAAGGUUCCAGUUGUUUAUGAAGAAAUGAUCACAUCAGGAUGUGCCCCUGAUCGAAAAGCUAGAGCGAUGCUGCGAUCAGCUUUAAGAUACAUGAAACACAUGAGGGUUGCAUAGGAGAUUUAGACAAUUACUUAUAGCUGAUGCCUGAUGGAAGCAAAAUGUUUGUGCUGAUGUUUUUUGAACAGUCGAUUGAAGGGUGAAUCUCCAUCUUCUGGUUUCUGUCUCUGCUCUUAAGCAAGCGAAUUAAUCACAAAUACACAAUAUCUGCUUAUCUUCCUAAUCAGUAAGGAGGAGAAAAGUACAAGGUGAUGACAGGAGCUUGGUAUAAGAAGAAACUACAUGGAAUGUCUGCCGCGACUGCAAGAUUAUGGAUAUUUGGAAUUGAUAUUGGCCAAUGAUUCUAACCUUGAUAUUUUCUGACACAAUGAACUGUACCAUGACACUCCUAUUUUUUUUAAGGAUAUUCACAAAUUGUAUUUAGAUGUACAUUUUUUUCUAGAGUUUUUGAAGGGCAAUACAAAAGAAAUUGGAAUAUAAGUUUAA